UUGUAUUAGAAACCUCUGCAUUCAAUAAACAAAAAUAGGGAUAAUAAUAACCAAAGCACUAUUUGGAACUGAAAACAAACUCAAGCAGGGCUGCUAGCCCAGGGCAGAGCUAGCAGGGUACGUUCUUGGAGCUGCUCUCAGCCGAAGUGCUUCUCCUAUGGGCAUCUGCUGGAGUCCGGCUGAGGUCGAGCAGAAAGCGGCAGCGCAAAAUCAAACUUAACCCCCUCUGUGGACUAUUGAACUCAAAGAAAGGCGUGGGAGAGGGAGAAACAGAGAAGGGAUCCGAGGAGGAGGCUUCUAUCACAUCAUUGCAGGAUGAUCUGGAAGCUUUCUCUCUCCCUGUUCCUGGUGGCUGUGCUAAUGAAGGUGACAGACAGCCGGAAAAACCGGCCCUCGGGUGCCAUCCCCUCGCCUUACAAGGAUGGUAGCAGCAGCAACAAUUCAGAGAGAUGGCAGCACCAAAUCAAGGAGGUGCUGGCCUCCAGCCAGGAGGCCCUAGUGGUGACCGAGCGCAAGUACCUCAAGAGUGACUGGUGCAAGACGCAGCCACUUCGGCAGACGGUGAGUGAGGAAGGCUGCCGCAGCCGCACCAUCCUCAACCGCUUCUGCUACGGUCAGUGCAACUCCUUCUACAUCCCGAGGCACGUUAAGAAAGAGGAGGAGUCCUUCCAGUCCUGUGCUUUCUGCAAGCCGCAGCGCGUCACCUCUGUCCUUGUCGAGCUUGAAUGCCCAGGCCUGGAUCCACCCUUCCGACUCAAGAAAAUCCAGAAGGUGAAGCAGUGCCGGUGCAUGUCCGUGAACCUGAGCGACUCAAACAAACAGUGACCUUCCCCCUUCCCGACCCUCCGGGGCCAGGACGCAGCUGCGACCCCACACCCCUAAUCAGCCCGUGUUCUCCGAGCUCACUUACUCGCUGCUAUCUGGUGUCCCUCCGGCAGUAAUCAUGCCUCUUAGGGCUGACUUUUCUUGUCACCCACACCGACCGCAUGUGUGUCUUUGCUAAUGUGUUCUUCACCAAACUGGGGCCUCCAGUACCUCUCCAAUCAGAUCGUGCAACAGGCCUGAAGGAAGACACUGGAGUCACCAAUUACCAAUUAGCAUUUGGGGAGAAUUGUGGAUCCGCAUUCCUGUUUCCACUGUGUGGAAAAGUGCUAUUUUCCAGCCUUUACGCUAGACUCCAGGUCCCUCUCCUUCUUUCAGAAUAGCAAUGUCCCUACUGAACUGGCCCUUCAAUCUCCCCUGCAGGUGCCACAUCUGGUUGAAAGUAUGCAUUCUAGUCAUUGCACGGCUGCCCUUCAGGUUGCUGUGAUGCAGAUAUUAACUGAGACAUCUGGGGGGGAGGGGAGACAUCUAUGAACCCAUGAACCAGAGGUUUCGUCUAACAAAUCCAAUACCAAAAGCACUACUUAAGUCACUUGGAUGGUGCUUCCCUGGCACCUGGCUGACAGCAGGCCUUUCUCUUUUUGCCCCCAGCCACCCACCAAUGCCCCUUUAUCCUCACAUUCCUAACCUCCAUUCUUAGACUAGAGAUGAACUCUGGUGUGCAUGCUAUUAUCAAUACAAUUAGAAUAUUAUUACACACAAAAGUCUCCAUAUUAAUACUGGUUUUAUAAUUGAUCUGUAUUGUAAAGAGCUUUUAAGAAGUAUUAUUGACCUAUCCAUGUAUUAUUUCAUUUUGUUUCCACUCUGGCUUUGUAGUACAAUUCUGAGUAAGUAUCAGAUCAGCUCACUGGCUCAGAAGGUGCUUUACUCAAAAAUAAUUCCUGGUCAGAAGUUCACUGUCAUGUACCCCUUAGAUUAGAUGUGGAGAUGGGAGGAGGUAAAACUUUUCAUUGAGUAAUAUUGCAUUGCAUUACAGCACAAUAUAGAAGUUAUGUUGGGGUGGAUGAGUACAGAGAAGUUAGUCACUUGUAGUUGACCUAAAAUCCACAAAUCACUGUUAUAUUUAAUACUCACAUGUGAGAUGAAAAGGUAUACUAUUUAAUUAACAUGCCACUAAGAAAAAUAUUUCAUCUAUAAAAAAAGAAAUGCUUUAAAAUAUAAGGAGUCAGAUCAUUAAAAGAAUGUAAAGGGUAAAAUAUAUAGAAUGAAAGUCUAGUUGAAUUUUAUAUAGCUUCCUUUCCCAAAUAUGAACUUUUAAGAAAAUAAGCAAACAUUAGAUCAUCUUUUAUUUUUAUAAAAAAUUGUUGUGGUCUUUUAAUAUAAGAAAGUUGAUAUAAUUUUCCCACAAAAAUAUGUUGAGUUUCUUUGUUGAACUGCCCCUUGAAGACUUCCCUGUGAGUAAUGUUUAAAGAAUAUGAUAAAUGUGAAUAACAUGCCAUUGCUGGAAACAGCUAACUUCAAAAUCUUUCACUGGUAAUUCCAAACCAUGCAGUAUCAUAUGGAAUGUAAGUCUGUCUUCUAAGUGGACCCAGAAAGGCCUAGCUCUUAGAUAACCUUUACAAGCUGCUCUGGGAACUGUGGCUUCCUGUCAUGAAACAAUAAUGGGGAAUCUAAAGAUAAUUAUCUGCAAGCAAGAGUUUAAGUGGGGUGUGGCAUAUAAGUGAAUUUUUCUUCUACCCUGCACUGAAUGUUUCAUUUUUGUCACCUCGAGUAUCAUGAGAUGUGAUAAGAAAGUGUUACUGUAAAGAGAUCCCUAAUUAAAGAGCUGGACAUAUUAAAGCAGGAGGCAGAAGUCAGUGGGAGUUGUUGAAGGCCGGAACCUAGAAAUGGUGGAAAGAGUGGCGAUGUCCAAGUCAGGAAAGGAUGUUUGCAAUGGAAGGAAACCUCACGUUAGACACAGUAGCAGAACAUGGAGCAGAAAAGCUGUGAAGGAAGGUCCACAUGAUUGUAAUGGAGGCUGAUGGAGUGAAGUAAGAGGAGAGGCAACUGCAACUGCAAAGUCAGUCCCUGUCAUGUGAUGAUAGAACCUAAGCAGAUAGGGAUUAAACAUUGAACUAACAGACUACAAACAUUAACAUACCGUUUUUGACCCAAUUGUGGAUGUAUAGAAACAAUAUGAUACGUUGCAGUGAAGAUCCUAUGGGGAUAGGAGGGGGGGUUAAUUGUAUGUGCGAAGUUUACCUUAAUAAUGGUUCAAAUUAUAUUUAAUUUUGUGUGUUUAUAAAUGAAGAAAAGCUCUAAGUAUAAUGUAAUUAUUUUAUAGGUAUCCUAUUAAAUUAUAGAAUAAAUAAAGAUACUUUAGGAAUAUA